AGCGUAGGAUAAUAAUAUUGGAACGGUAUUUCCCAGAAAUCAUAUCAAGAACGAAGGGCAAAGGGGUGGCGGCUUCAGUCGGAGUAGUUGCUUAUCUGUGACUGAGUUUUCUCGACGCACCACCAACAUCACAACGCGCCAUGGGUUUACUAUCCCUCUCAUCUUCUCUAACCCCUUCCUUCUCCUCUCUUCAUCUCAAACCUAAACAUAAACUCUCUCUUACUUUCCCAAACCCUUCCUUUGUGUGCUCCGCACCCACAUCCACGCCCCUCUCCUCAUCUCUCAAACUGAAACCUACUGCGAAUUCCCUCAAAUUGUCAGCCCCUCAGAGCCCCGCCACCGCCAUGCGAGGGGCCGAGGCCGACGCUAUGGGGUUGUUGCUCAGGGAGCGAAUCGUUUUUCUAGGUAACAACAUUGAUGACUUUGUGGCUGAUGCCAUUAUAAGUCAGUUGCUGCUUUUGGACGCUCAGGACCCCACUAAAGAUAUCAGACUCUUCAUUAAUUCCCCUGGUGGUUCUUUGAGUGCUACAAUGGCCAUAUAUGAUGUAGUGCAGCUUGUCCGGGCUGAUGUUUCCACAGUUGGAAUCGGCAUUGCAGCAUCAACAGCUUCGAUCAUCCUUGGUGGUGGCACCAAAGGCAAGCGCUUUGCAAUGCCAAACACACGAAUAAUGAUUCAUCAACCUCUAGGAGGUGCUAGUGGCCAAGCUAUAGAUGUGGAAAUCCAAGCACGGGAAAUUAUGCAUAACAAGAACAACGUGACAAGAAUAAUUUCUGCUUCUACUGGGCGUCCAUUUGAACAAGUGCUGAAGGAUAUUGAUAGGGAUCGAUAUAUGUCUCCAAUAGAAGCUGUGGAAUACGGAAUAAUAGAUGGUGUUAUCGAUAGAGAUAGCAUCAUUCCAUUGGAACCAGUGCCGGAAAGAGUGAAGGCAAGCUUAAACUACGAGGAAAUUAGCAAAGAUCCUAGGAAAUUCUUGACCCCUGAUAUUCCAGAUGAUGAGAUAUACUAGAUUGGCUUGGUUCAGGGCAUGCAAUGCCAGGAGGCACAAUGUUUUAAUGGGGCUCGUCUUUCAUUUUGGUUUUGUUAAGUAGAACUUUGUAUCGAAAAUGUAGUUGCUGCAUACAAACACAAAUAUGAAGAUCUUGGUAGCUGCAUACAUGCAUAAAUUGAGAAUGUAGUUGUGGUCCAAGCAAAAUAGAGUAAUGUGUUUUAGGAAGAAUUUGAAUAUCGUGAAAACGGAGGCUACAAACGUUUGAUUCAUUUUUCCGUUUCUCUACAAGUUUGUAGACGACUAUGGUGCUUUUCUAUGAAAUCUACACUUCCCAGUAUAAAUACAAGGUGUAUAAUUUGGUAACAA